AAAAAAACCCAGCUUCACAUCAUCCACUACUCCUCUCAUCCAUUCAUCCUUCCAUUGAUCGGACCAGCAGCAAGAACUCAGAGAAACAUGCAUCUGUCUUUCGUCCCCCUCUGUGGUCUCCUCAUCUUGAAACUGCAUCUGUCCUGCACGCUUCCCAUCAGCAGUGGCUUGACUGACACUGACAUGGACAUCUUAAAGGUGUUGCUUCACAGAUUACAAGAGUCUGUCGCUGCGCAGACUGAAGUGGAGCAGAGAGUCCCUGCAGAGCGGGAGGAACUGGACAGAGUGAGCGUAGAGGAGGCAGCGGAUGCACAGCAGCCCCAAAUUGGACUGGACGAAGCCGCCAUCAGGGAAUUUUUCUCAGCCAAGAACCUGAAGAGUGUCCGCAACGACAACUCCAAGAGAUCCUCUGGCUGCUUCGGUCGGCGGAUGGACAGAAUAGGCUCCAUGAGUUCUCUGGGAUGCAACACUGUUGGCAGAUUCAAUUCAAAGUAAAGAUGAAGUCUUACAUCUACAUUCUGGAACGGCGACACUUCUACAAAUGAUGUUUUUAUCUGAAUGCUAUUUAUUUAUCAAUAUUUAUUGAAUAUUAUUUGUGGCUUUUAAAUGUAUGUACUAUUAUGAAUGUUUUAA